GCUUGUAUUCUCAUCUGAGUUGACCAAAGCAUACGUUAAAAUUAGUAGGCCCCAAUGGAACUAGUAACUUCCUUUUUUUUUUUUUUCCUUCCCCCAAUCAGAGCCUCCUCGUGACUGUCUCCUCUGCUCCUUUAUUUAACCCCUUUCUUCCACCUCCUUUUCAGACUCAUAUCUUUGCUACUUUCUAUCACUUCCGCUCUGUCUCGCUCUAACCUGGCAAGAGCCGAUAAUGAAGAAAACAGGCCUUCGUGUGUUCUUCUGCUUCCUUCUCUCUCUUCUGCUUCUCUUUCAUUUCUCAGCAUCUGCUCGUCUUAUUCGACCCAGUCGAGAUGAAAAGGAAGGGAAGGCCAUCGAUGUCACUAAUGCCGCCUCAACCACCGAGCUCAAAUUUGAUGUCGAACUAGUGGAAUCAGAUCAGUGUGAUGAGGAGGAUGAAGAAUGCAGUGAGAGGAGGAGGAUUGCGGAGGCCCACUUGGAUUACAUUUACACCCAGCAUCACAAGCCUGCCUAUAAGCACAAACCUUAGCUCUAAAAUUCCCAGUUCUGUUAACUUGAGACGAGUCCCAAUACGGCCACGAAAUAUCUUACAUUUGUUUUUUGGGCCCAUGUAUCAUAUGAGGAUGAAAUGUCCAAGCCGUAUUUAUGAUCUGUCUGUUUCCGAGCUUCAAAUUUGUGAUAAAACUUGAUGAGAGCGGUUAAGCGGAGCCC